UCAUGUCAAGUUUCUUAAGUUUCCAACUUAAAACCAAUUGACAUAAGUGAAAUUGACCCAAAUCCCUUAUACAUUACUUAAAUUCCUUUCAUAUUUUCGAUGUGAGGUUUUCUCACCAACCGAAUGCUAAAGGGGAAGUUAGCAAAGACAGUGCAUCUUCGUAUGAAAAGCUGAGGAAACCAUAUGACUAUCUCUAUCUAAAUAUCUCAAUAGUACAUUUUGUAUAACUCAAUUGGGUUUCCCUGUUCUCCUUGGGUCUAUAUUUAGUGCCUGGGUUGAUUGCAGAAAAGCUUAGAACAUGUAACGUAACUGCAAUCACACAAUUGAUGAGUGUAUGGGUAGAUUCGUAGCUUUCUUCUCACACACUGACUCACUGGAGCCCUAUAACAUGGAAGCCCAAAAAGAAAGUUAAAAGGUUUCUAUCAAGAGAAUGAAAACAUAGUUGUAUUACUUUUAUGGAUAAAACAAGGUUUACUAGUACUAUACCUUUUGGUCCUUUUAUGUUCGUCAGAUUAAUUUUAUCACUCCAGUGUCCAUUAUGUUACUUCUUCGUCCUUUUGGUUUCAAACCUGUCGAUUCUUGUCGGAAUCAUAGUACCCCAACUUGACUCUUUGAGUCUUGUUAGAAGAAGUCAAGAAGGACAAUAAGAUGAAGUAAGAGAUGGCAUUCUCAGUCUUUAGUAUUUGUCAUGUAAUUGCUACGUAUCAAACAUGAAACGGAUCAAGUAUCACGGGAUAGCUAAGUACACACUUCUUAAAUUAUGGUAAAAAGGACAAAAAGAAGAGAGUAAAAUUUGUUGCAAAGAAGUCAAAAGUGUAGUCACGAGAGCAGCGACAAAUGCGGAACAAACAAUCAAAAGACUCAAAAAGCUUUCUUAACAUCAACAGUUCGGAUUUGUGUAAGAACAAAAGAAAGAGCGGAGAUUACGGGGACCAACAGUGACGUCGACCUCUACCCCCGUCGGUGCCCAACCUCACCAACUUUGUUUCAAUGCUCACUUUUUCUAACCCUAUUUACAAUUAUUCGUAAAUAAAAAUUUGGGUUUAUAAGAGAAUGUCACAUGUCUCUACCAUAUAACUAGCUAUAGGGAUACACUACCAUUGCUGUUUAGUUUCUCUAUAAUACUAUCCACUUGAUUAUGAAUUGUUUAUAUAGUUCACUAACGUAAGAACAUACAUUGGUAGAUAACUGAUAAUGAAAUGUACAUUAAUUAUUAUAGAAUAUAUAUUAUUCUUACGUUAGUGAACAUUGAUCAAUUCAUGUGAAUGAAUUCUUCACUAGAUUCUUGUUGCGACAAGAGUCCUAUUACACCACUAAACAUAUUUUUAAUCAUUUUGCUUCAUAUUCUUUUCGCGUGAUCGAUGGCAGAAAAUUGUGUUUUUUUUUUCCUUUCUUUUGGGCUAGAUAUGGAACAAAGUUCUGGAUAUUAAUUAAGUUAUUUAUAUGUGUUAUAACAUUGGAUCAAAUUUUAGAGAAAGAAGACCAUUUUAUUUCUCUUUUGGCAUUCUUAAAUGUUAGUUAAUUAGGACCAUUGACGUUGGCAAGGACUUUGUUGAUAUCUUGAAGCUUAUUCAUGUAAUCAUGUUAUUGGGAGUCAGAACAUAAGUUGAUUCCCUUUGAGUAGGUUUGAAUAUUAAGAUCAUAUCUAUGUACUGAAAAUUGAAAUAAUAUGGACAAGAAGUAGUAGAAUUCUAAGAGUCAAAGAAAUCAAGCCAAAUGUUAUCAUGGUAUCAGAUUCCUAUGGAUUAAGCUUUUGUUGUUUUUAGACUGCCAAUAAAAAACAAAAAAAUGAAGGUUUGUGUUCAUCUAGCCAAAAAAAUGCAUGCCUGGAUGCACAAGCCUGCUUACCUAAAAACUAUGAGAUUACAGUUAGAUACUAAAAGAAAUAUAGAGUAAAUACAAUUACAAAAUUAAAAGGAUUGAUAUCCAUAAUGUACAUGGUUUUCCUUGAUUGUCAAGUGACUGAGAUCACAGUUACUAGAGCUCGUGAUUGACCUUAAUUUAUUGUCACUGUCAAGAUAGCUUAAAAACAGAGUGGCCAAUUUAAUUUGAGAUAUGACCAAAUCAUACCACAUGAUCCACUAAUAAGAAGAAUUCUAGGCAACUUAUCAAGUACUAUACAUUGGCAUUUACUCUUUGGCUAUUAUUGUCUUUAGCUUUGGAAACUUUGUUGUUGUCUGUAUCUUUGGUAUACCCUACCUAGUACGUACUGCACAUUUAAUGAAUGUUUUACGCAUUUGAAGGUAAAAUCCAUACUAUUUAAUGUUUUUUUUGGAUUUUAUAGUUUUUACAUUAGUUAUUUUGAGUCUCCUCCAUCCAUUUGAGUUGCUACUGAUUCGGACUGUGAGCACAUAUGUAACCUUUGACAUCAUUGGCUGUGAUCAGUGUAGCAAUCAUAUUAGUCAGACGCAUAUAACGUUUACCGUACAUUAUUGGUCAAGUCUUACUGAAAUUUUUCCUCUGCUGUUCGUGUAAGUAUGAGAGAGUUGAUUACAUGCACAUUAUUGGUCUUUUAAUUAUAUUUAAGUACAUAAAUAUAGAAAUACAUCGUCUUCAUCAAUCAUAUAGAUGAUAAUAUGAUAUACAUGGUAUGAAGAAAAUAUUUGUAUUAUCGGUCGUUGUAUUCAUAUGUAACAACCACCGCCACCUUAUCGUCCUUAUCCCCACCAUAUUACAUGAUUAUAGAAUGACUUUUCAGCAAAAAUACACACAUCAAAUUCUCAAUUCUUUGGAAUAUUUGGCAGGUACAUAAAACAUAAUAAUACAUUUAAAUAAUUGUCACAGAAACUUAAAAAACAUUAUACGUACGUACGUAUGCAACUGCAGCUCUCGUUCUUUAUUAUUUAUGGCUCAUUCCUUUGUUAAUAAAGGCCACGCGUAGUGAGAGAGAUAUACACUUUAAAAAUAUAGAUCCUUUGCAGGUUCUGUGUUCUUGCUAGCUUCUUCCUCCGUGAUUUAUUGACUCUUUUUGUCUUCUCAAGGCGUAUGUAGAUAGAGUCAUUCUCCCAUAAAGAGAGAGAGAGAGACAGAGACAAGAAGAAAAACAAAAGCAUUGCUCUUUUACUUUACUUUGUCAUCUCCCUUCUGUAAGAACUGUUACGACGGAGACUGUCCAUACUCUCUGUUUCUCGUGUUCUUAUGACAGAUUAGAUUUGUCUUUACGGUUCUGUCUUAUCGAUAAUGCCUAGAGAGAGUGUGUAAUAGAUUAUUAUUAAAUAUACUCUGUUUUGAUCACGAUGCAAAGAGUACACAACAAACCAGUUGACUCCAUCGGAAAAUCACCGUCGGCCACCGUUAAGCAUCAUUUAAUAAAACAGAGCAGCGGCGGAGUGACGGCGGUGACGGCGGCGGAUAUGCAGGAGCCGAGCAUUGACACGGAUAAGCUCAGCUACGAGAUUUUCUCCAUUCUCGAAAGUAAGUUUCUUUUCGGGUACGAAGAUCCGAGCCCCGAGCAAGAAACGUCACCGACAACGGUUGCUGAACCUCUAAACGGCGUCGUUCAGGGGUCAGUCAAGAACCAGAGAGGCAAAGUCUGUGUUCUGAGCAUCGACGGCGGCGGGAUGAGAGGGAUCAUACCAGGGAAGGCUUUGGCUUAUCUGGAGCAAGCGUUGAAAUCGAAGUCGGGCGACCCGAACGCCCGGAUCGCCGACUACUUCGACGUCGCUUCCGGUUCAGGCAUCGGUGGAGUUUUCACGGCGAUGCUUUUCGCUUCGAGCGACGGUGACCGUCCGAUCUUUAACGCGGAUGACACGUGGAGGUUUUUAGCGAAUAACGGUAAAAGAUUUUAUAAACCAGCGUCCGGGACCGGGAGGAUACUAAACCGGGUUAUGAAAACCGGUUCGGGUUCGAAGAAGCUGGAGAAGUCGAUGAAGGAGUCAUUCGCUGAGAUGACGCUCAAGGACACGCUUAAACCGGUUCUGAUUCCUUGUUACGACCUCACUAGCUCCGCACCGUUCCUUUUCUCGCGCGCCGACGCGUUGGAAACGGACGGCUACGAUUUCAAGCUGUGGGAGGUUUGUAGAGCCACGUGGGCCGAGCCGGGAGUGUUUGAGCCUGUGGAGAUGAGAUCGGUGGAUGGUAAAACGCGUUGCGUUGCGGUUGAUGGUGGGUUAGCGAUGAGUAAUCCGACUGCUGCUGCGAUCACUCAUGUGUUGCAUAACAAGGAGGAGUUUCCUUUCGUUAGAGGCGUUGAGGAUUUGCUUGUGCUGUCUCUUGGUACGGGACAGUUGGUGGAUGUCAAGUAUGAAUGUGAUCAGGUUAUGAAGUGGAAGGCUAAGCAAUGGGCUCGACCCGCGGUUCGGAUAUCUGCUGAUGGUGCGGCCGAUACUGUGGACCAGGCUGUUUCCAUGGCGUUUGGUCAGUGUAGGAGGAGUAACUACGUUCGUAUUCAGGCGGAUGGGUCAAGCUUUGGUCCGUGUAGACCAGACAUAGACACGGACGCUAGUACAAGCAAUGUGAAUAUGCUUGUGGGAGUAGCUGAAGAGAUGUUGAAACAGAAGAACGUGGAAUCGGUUAUGUUUAGUGGUAAAAAAAUCAGUGAAGAAAGCAAUUUCGAGAAGCUGGAUUGGUUAGCUGGUGAGCUCGUACUUGAACACCAGAGGAGGAGUUGCAGAAUUGCUCCCACUGUAGCGUUCAAGCAAUCAAGCGACAGAAGAACUGUUCAGAAGACAAUCUUCAAGGAUAUUGAUUGUAUGUUUUGAAGAUAUUGUUCAUCUUCUUUUCUUAAUUUGUAUAGAUUAAUGUUUUGACUUUUGAGUUCCGAGCAGAAAGCGAAACAUCUUCUUCGAAAAGGUUUCAUUCUCGUCCAUUCCAGUAGUAUUAUCCUAAGAGGUGUGUGAUUUUUGCUUAAUUUGAUUGGAGAUGAGAUAUCUUUUUGUAAUGAUUUGAUGUAACGUAAGCUCAGAGAUGUGAACUUGGGAGCGUGGUGAA